AUGUCUUCAGCAGAUGUUUCUUUACCUCAGUCAUCUCGGAAUUUGUCUGAAGAAUUCGCUAAGGCUGCACAACAGCUUAAAAAAGAAGCUCCAAGAAUCCAAUUUGGCAAAAUGGAUGUCACACACCAACCUGAUUUGAGAAAAGAAUUUAAUAUUCAAGAAUUUCCUACGGUGAAAUUUUUUGUGGAUGGCAGCAAGAAAGAUCCCAUAGAUUGCAAAGGAGUCAGACAAGCCUCAGCCUUUAUUACAUGGGUGAAAAGAAGAACAGGACCUAGCACUGUUUUAAUCAACUCCACUGAUCAGGCUGAAGCCAUCAUAAAUGCUGACGAUUUGGCAGUGAUUGGCUUUUUUAAGGAACUUCGCAAUGACAGUGUGGAAGUUUUCUGUGAGACGGCAAGAGACGUGCCAGAGAUGCCUUUUGGGAUGACAGCCAGCGAGGACAUCCAUGCCAACUAUGGCAUCCAAAGGAACACUCUUGUUGUGUUUAAGAAGGUAGGAGUACAGAAGCCUAGCAGUUGUGACAUUUAUUUUAAACUUUAUGGAAUUUCAGUUAUUGAGGAUCAUAAAAUGGGAAAACCUGUGCAUAAUGAAGUGCUUGAAGAUGGCAGACAGAACAAACUGGAUCUAAUGAGGCUAAUCAAAACCUUUAGCUUGGACUUGGUCACUGAAUAUAAUCUUGAGACAUCUGUGAAGAUUUUUGAUGUCCCUGUUGAAAACCACAUCCUGCUGUUCACCCCAACGAACUCUGAGACAUUCAGUGCAAUUUAUGAAAACUACAAGUCUGCUGCUGUGGAAUUUAGAGGAAAGAUAAUGUUUGUCUUGGUGAACACUAAUGAAACAAGGAAUGGACGAGUUUUUGAAUAUUUUCGCAUCAGGGACGUUGACAUUCCUGCCGUGAGAAUUCUAAAUCUGACAAGCAAUGCAAUGUAUAAAAUGCCCGCAGAUGAGGUGACUGUGGAGAACCUAAAAGAAUUUUGCCAGAGCUACCUAAAUGGAAAAGCAAAGCUACAUCUCUCUAGUGAAGAAAUUCCAGAGGAUUGGGACAAGAUGCCUGUCAAAGUGCUUGUUGGGAAGAAUUUCAACAGCAUUGCCUUCAAUAAGACCAUGACUGUGUUUGUUAUGUUUUAUGCUCCUUGGUCCUAUGACUGCAGAAAACUCCUGCCAAUCUGGGAUAAGCUAGGAGAGCAAUAUGCAAGCCACAAAGACAUAAUCAUUGCAAAGACAGAUAUCACAGCAAAUGACAUCCUGUCCAUUGGAUCAGGUCGCUAUCCGUUCUUCAGACUCUUUCCGGCUGGACCAGAUCACCAGGAACAUUGGGCCAAAGAUGCCCUUGUAGUGUCUAUGCUACAGAAGAAGCCUUACAACCAUCUGCCCUCAGCACAGCAAGAUGGGGCAGCUGACCCCUUACAGGGCAUCUGGAAAAUGUCCAAGAAGCAAACUCCUAGGGGAUUACAAGAUGUUACAGUAGCAAAAUGCAAGAACACAGAAGUUUUAGAUGAGGGAUUCUGGCAGCGGCAGCAGCAACAGCUUCCUACAGCCACAGGCAGUGGCUGA